AUGACUUCAGAACCACCUGAAUUCCAUACAAAAAUUCAGUCACCGCUCUCUCCACUUCCGGUUCACUUUCCCAAUCCAUCUGAAAUUCCUGUCCUUCGAAAUCAGAUUGAUCCGACUUUCAACAUGACAGCGACCCAUGAGCCAUCCAAGGCUCCUUUGGUGGUUCCUGAAAUCAUCGAAUCCUCGACGGUUUCUGAGGAUAUAGACUCUCCACUUUCCGAUACGCGCUUUUCAGAUGCAUAUGAUGAGAAGGAUGAGGAUGCAACAGCAGCAAAGGCUGAGGAAGAAGAUGAAGGCGAUGAUUAUGCCAUGACAUUUGACUCUGAUGGGGAAGAACAUUCAGAUAGUCGCGAUCAAUCACAGGCAGUUGACCAAGAGUCGAGCAGUCUUCCUAACACAGUGCCAACGAGCGAAUUGUCUAAUUCUCUUUCCAACAACCGACCUGCCACAUUUGAUACCCAAAAUGGCCCAGAAACCCAGCCCGCCCAUACCAUCCCUUCUCUUACUGUCCCCUCGAUUCCUCAAUCUACAGCUGCCCAAAGCUCUGAUGAUUCUCAAAAUCCCAUUACCAAAGCGGAAACCACAAACUCUGAGGAACCAAACGGAGAAAUAGACAUUCAGCAGCUUUUGGACAAUAUUACUGCCAAUGCCGAGAUUAAUGCACAAGCUGCCCGCCCAAAUUCUUCCUCUUCUAGCAAUGCCCCUCCAAAAGGUAGCUCGAGUCUACCAACCCAUGCAAGCCUUCCCCCCCGCCCACAAAUUACCCAAAUUCCUAAACGUUCCAAUUAUACUUCUUUCGAUGAUCCCCAUAAGUACAAUGUUGGAGGUUCAGGUUUUUCACACCAACCCAACUCCUAUAACCAUUCUGGUGUAACAUCAUCAUUAGUUGCAGUCGGUGCCCCUGGUACCGCUACUGAUUCCCGAUAUGGACUUCCCCCUCCCCCAUCUGUUUCUUUCAAUCAUCCCCAUCAAGAUGCGAACAGCCCAAAACUUCACACACAAACCCGUCGCUUUCCAUCUGACCAAUCCCAUGAUGGACAUGACAAUGAUGACAGACCUUGGGGACCAGCGGUGCAGAAAAAGUAUGAUGAAUUUCUUGAUAGAGAACGCACAUAUGUCACUGAAGGGCUUUGGGAAAGAUUUCCAAAAGGCUCACGAUUGUUUAUAGGUAAUCUUCCAUCGGAAAAACUGACUAAACGAGACCUGUUCCAUGUUUUUCACAAGUAUGGCGAACUUGCCCAAAUAUCGAUCAAACAAGCAUUUGGAUUUGUUCAAUUUCACGAUGCCGCCUCUUGUUACAAAGCUUUAGAGAUGGAGCAAGGCAAGGAAGUUAGAGGUCGCAAAAUGCACCUGGAAGUGUCCAAGGCACAGAAGAACACUCGAAAUGCCGGCCAGACCUGGAGACGAUCCCAGUCCCCUGAACAAACAAGAGGAAAUGCAUCAGCUCGUAAUCGUAAUGCUCAGCUAGACGCUCGUGGUUCAGGCUAUAAUCACAACGAUCGUAACCAGAAUGAUCGCCAUAGAUCGCAACCACAGCAUGGAAGUCAACGCCCACAUGAUGGAUAUCGAUCUGGUAGGUCGCCAUCGCCAAGUCGAAACUAUAGGGGAAGAGAAGCCAGAGACGAAUACAGAUCUACUCGUAACAAUGAUUCAUACGAUAGCAGAGAUAGGCGUCGUUCACGAUCUCCUUUCUCAAGUGCACAGCGUGGCAGUUAUAGAGAUCGUAGCCCAAGCCCAAGCCCAAGAACUCGUGAAGCCAAUGAAGAUGGCACACUUCAAAUCCCUCGACGCGAGCCAUCAAUGGUUCCCGACGUCCAAAUAAUUCUUAUGGCGGAGUUGGACCGAGGGUUUGUCUCCUGGGUUGAGGGAGAGCUUCGUGGACGAGGUGUUAAAACCGAAGUAAUGUUCCUUAGUCCUCGACUAUCCCUUCAAGCUGUUAUUCGUAGACAGAUUCUCGAAGGUGUCAUCGCGGUUUCUCAACUUGAUAUGAGAUCUCAAAACGCUAGCAAAAUACCUUUGCAAGUAUUCGAUCGCUCAGGAGGUAUCGAUGCUGCUGUUCGAUUUGAUGAGUAUCAGGAUUUGGAACCUAAGAUUGCUGCCGAGCUUGUCGUACGCGCGAAAGCCACAGCUCAGAGACCUCAGUAUGCGCCAAACCCAGCUCCGGCUUACCAAGCCCCGACUGCACAACCAAAUGCAAAUAUCGCCAGCAUCAUGGGACAGCUGGACAACCCUACUUUGCAAAAGUUGCUUGGAACGUUGAACAGCAUGCCUCAGCAACAGAAUGCACCUGCUGUAGCAGCAAACUCUGCAGUAGACCUUGUUAGUCUGUUGGGUGGGUUAGCACCACAACCAGUACCUCAACAGAUUUAUCAACAAUCAAUGCCGCAGGCUGCUACAGACCCUUACGCUAGCUAUAACAAUAGCGCUGCAUAUGGUCAGUCAGCCGCACAACAAAAUGGACAAGAUGCACAGCAGGUACAAGCUAUCAUGGCUCAAUUGGCUAGAUAUAGACAGUAA